CGCUCCGCCGUCAGCAACAGCGAGAAGCUGGAGGUGAUCAAAUGGUACGAGACGCAUGGCAUCAAGUCAACGCUCCAGCGCUUCUUCAGCCACGUCGCCAAGCAGAAGACGUCGGAGAACCAGGUGUACCAGUGGAAACAGAACCGCGCCAUCAUCGAAGAAGGCUGUAAGACGGCUACGACUGCCGUUAAGAAGAAGAAUCGAUCAUCUGGCGUCGCAACAUCGCUACCUAUGGCAGCGGAGUUAGAACUGGUAGAAUGGGUAAAUGAGCUAAGAAAUGAAGGUGUUCCCGUCACAAGUGUCAUGCUUCAGCUCCAAGCUUUGGAAAUUGCAAAAGAAUAUCACGUGGACAAAUUUGCGGCUAGUCCAUCAUGGCAAAAACUGUUUCGCAAGCGGCAUCGCCUGUCGUUG